GACAGCCCCGUCGCAGCGCCGCCCCAACAGUGCAUUCUGGGUCCAACCCAAGAUGGCUGCGCCCUUGCAGAAGUGCUGAAGAAGUACCUCUCCGGAGAGAUUCUCGGGAUUGUGAUUGCUUUCCACGAAUACCAUCACACGAAAUCAGCUACCAGAGUCGCUGGUUUGUAGAACAAGCCCACAGUGUCCCGGAAAUCGAUAAGUGUGGCCGGUGGUUGGUGUGGCUGUGGCAGACUGUCCGUGUGAAGAUGGGCCUCGUCUCCAGCCCCUUCCCAUAGCGAAGAGCCGUGGGGAGAGGAGCCGCAGAUUCCCCUGCAAACACGCACCCGUCCAAAUUGGAUUUGACGGGUUUGACAUACUAUAUAGACUGUGGACGCUGCCCUACAAUUUUCUAACCAGGCUUGUUUGUGCGACAGUAUCUGUCCUCGUCCGGAGACGGAGAGGUUCCCCAGCCCGGGUUGAUUAUCCCACCGUACCAAGAGCCCUGAUGAAAAUGGACUCAGACCUGCUGCAUUCGCCGGCUGUGGGCCUCACGGAGGAAGAGGAAGCCGACAUGAACGACUGGAAGCUUCCCCUGGCCUUCAUGAAGAAACGACACUCGGAGAAGAUCGAGGGCUCCAAGGCUUUAGCGCAGAGCUGGAGGAUGAAGGACAGGAUGAAGACUGUGAGUGUAGCCCUGGUGUUGUGUCUCAACGUGGGAGUGGACCCUCCUGAUGUGGUCAAGACCUCCCCCUGUGCCCGACUGGAGUGCUGGAUAGAUCCUCUGUCGAUGAGUCCACAGAAAGCCCUGGAGACCAUCGGGGCCAAUCUGCAAAAGCAAUAUGAAAACUGGCAACCCAGGGCGCGUUACAAACAGAGUCUGGACCCCACGGUGGACGAGGUGAAGAAGCUGUGCACGUCGCUGCGACGCAACGCCAAAGAGGAGCGAGUCCUCUUCCACUACAACGGCCACGGGGUGCCCCGGCCCACGGUCAACGGAGAGAUAUGGGUCUUUAAUAAGAACUACACCCAGUACAUCCCGCUGUCCAUCUACGACCUGCAGACGUGGAUGGGCAGCCCGUCCAUUUUUGUCUACGACUGCUCCAACGCGGGGAUCAUCGUCAAGUCGUUCAAACAGUUCGCCCUGCAGAGAGAGCAGGAGCUGGAGGUGGCAGCCAUCAACCCCAGCCACCCGCUGGCCCAGAUGCCCCUGCCGCCCUCCAUGAAGAACUGCAUCCAGCUGGCCGCCUGCGAGGCCAGCGAGCUACUUCCCAUGAACCCGGACCUCCCAGCAGACCUGUUCACUUCCUGCCUCACCACGCCCAUCAAGAUCGCCCUCCGAUGGUUUUGUAUGCAGAAGAGUGCCAAGUUGGUGCCAGGGGUGACGUUAGACCUCAUCGAGAAGAUCCCUGGCAGGCUCAAUGACAGACGCACUCCCCUCGGAGAGCUCAACUGGAUCUUCACAGCCAUCACCGACACCAUCGCCUGGAAUGUGCUGCCUAGAGAUUUGUUCCAGAAGUUGUUUCGUCAGGACCUGCUGGUGGCCAGCUUGUUCCGCAAUUUCCUGUUAGCAGAGAGGAUAAUGAGGUCGUACAACUGUACACCGGUCAGCAGUCCCCGUCUGCCCCCUACAUACAUGCACGCCAUGUGGCAAGCGUGGGACCUUGCCGUGGACAUAUGCCUUCUCAGCUCCCUACCAUCAUUGAGGAGGGCAACCGCCUUCAGACACAGUCCUUUCUUUGCGGAGCAGCUGACGGCGUUUCAGGUGUGGUUGACGAUGGGCGUGGAGAACAGAAACCCUCCUGAGCAGCUGCCAAUCGUACUGCAGGUCCUCCUCAGUCAGGUGCAUCGGCUACGAGCUCUGGACCUGCUCGGGUGCUUUCUGGAUCUGGGUCCCUGGGCCGUCAGUCUGGCCCUGUCUGUGGGGAUCUUCCCCUACGUAUUAAAGCUGCUCCAGAGCUCAGCCAGAGAGCUGCGGCCGCUGCUGGUUUUCAUCUGGGCUAAAAUCCUCGCUGUGGACAGUUCAUGUCAAGCUGACCUAGUGAAAGACAACGGACACAAGUACUUCCUGUCGGUGUUGGCGGACAGUUACAUGCCAGCUGAGCAUCGAACCAUGGCUGUCUUCAUAUUGGCUGUUAUUGUCAACAGCUACAACACAGGACAGGAGGCAUGUCUACAGGGCAACCUGAUAGCCAACUGCCUGGAGCAGCUGUCAGACCCCCACCCGUUGCUCCGCCAGUGGGUGGCCAUUUGCCUGGGCCGCAUCUGGCAGAACUUUGAACCGGCGCGCUGGUGCGGAGUUCGGGACAGCGCCCACGAGAAGCUCUACACCCUGCUGUCAGAUCCCAUCCCCGAGGUGAGGUGUGCCGCUGUCUUUGCUCUCGGGACCUUUGUGGGAAACUCUGCUGAGAGGACGGACCACUCCACCACCAUCGACCAUAACGUGGCCAUGAUGCUGGCCCAGCUCAUCAACGAUGGCAGCCCUGUGGUCCGCAAGGAGCUGGUAGUAGCACUGAGUCACCUGGUGGUGCAAUAUGAAAGCAACUUCUGUACAGUUGCCCUCCAGUUUAUAGAAGAGGAAAAGAACUACACAGUGCCGUCACCAGCCAACACCGCAGAGCCUGGUAGCCUGACUCCGGUGAGGGACAGCCCGGCCAUCCCACGCCUGCGAUCGGUCAACUCCUACACCAACAUCAGAGCCGCUACCACUGCCCGCAACCUGAACAAGAGCCUGCAGAACCUAAACCUCAAUGAAGAGGGUGGACCAGCAGCCUUCUCUCCUGGUAACCUGAGCACCAGCAGCAGCGCCAGCAGCACCCUGGGGAGCCCCGACAAUGACGAGUACAUCCUCUCCUUUGAGACCAUCGACAAAAUGAGACGGGUGUCCUCUUAUUCUUCGCUCAACUCCCUCAUAGGUGUGUCCUUCAACAGUGUUUACACUCAGAUCUGGAGAGUGCUGCUACAUCUCGCUGCAGAUCCUUUUCCUGAAGUGUCAGAUCUGGCCAUGAAGGUUCUCAACAGCAUAGCAUACAAGGCAACAAUGAACGCUCGGCCCCAGAGGAUCCUGGACUCUGGAUCUCUCACCCAGUCGGCCCCGGCCAGCCCCACCAGCAAGGGCACGCACAUCCACCAGGCCGGUGGGUCUCCUCCCAUGCCCAGCGCCAGCAGCUCCAGUCUGACCAACGAGGUGCCCAAACCCCCAGCCAGAGAGCAGCCGGCCACGCGACCUCCCUACACCCCCACAUUGGGAGGACAGGCGCCCCACUCCCACCAGUUCCCCCGCACCCGCAAGAUGUUUGACAAGGGACCUGAGCAGGCAGGUGAAGAUGGUGACGAGCCGGGCAGUCACAGGAACUACAUCAGUGCCGCCCUCCAGACGGGUCUGUGUGAUUGGAGCGCCAAGUAUUUCGCUCAGCCUGUCAUGAAGAUCCCAGAGGAGCAUGACCUGGAGAGCCAGGUGAGGAUGGAGCGCCAGUGGAGGUUCCUGAGAAACACUCGCGUGAGAAGGCAGAGCCGAGGCAUCACGCAAAGGGGUGUUUCCCGUCUGGAUGAUCAAAUAUUCAUCAACCGCAACCCUGGAGUACCAUCUGUUGUGAAGUUCCACCCCUUCAACACCUGCAUCGCUGUGGCCGACAAGGACAGCAUCUGUUUCUGGGACUGGGAGAAGGGCGAGAGGCUGGACUACUUCUACAACGGAAACCCUCGCUACACUCGCAUCACGGCCAUGGAGUACCUGAACGGACAUGACUGUUCAUUACUGCUCACUGCAACAGACGAUGGAGCGUUGCGUAUCUGGAAGAACUUUGCCGACCAGAAGAACCCGGAGAUGGUGACGGCGUGGCAGGGCCUUUCCGACAUGCUGCCCACUACCAGAGGUCAGCCCACCUCCAGCGCUCACAGUCUGGCCAGGAGGGUCUCCAUCUAUCUUGACAGAAGUAAGCAAGGAGGUGCAGGUAUGGUUGUGGACUGGGAGCAGGAGACGGGGCUCCUCAUGACGUCUGGAGAUGUCCGAGUGGUCCGGAUCUGGGACACGGACCGGGAGAUGAAGGUCCAGGACAUCCCGACAGGAGCAGACAGCUGUGUGACCAGCCUCUCCUGCGAUUCGCAGCGUUCGCUCAUCGUUGCCGGUCUGGGUGACGGAUCUGUUCGCGUGUUCGACAGGAGGAUGGGUCCAAAUGAAUGUCGGGUGAUGACCUACAGGGAGCACGGAGCCUGGGUGGUCAAAGCUCAUCUACAGAAGGAGACAGACGGACACAUUAUCAGUGUCAGUGUUAACGGAGACGUUCGAUUCUUUGAACCGCGCUCACCGGACUCCAUCAACGUGCUGCAGACAGUGAAGGGGUUAACAGCCCUGGACAUCCACCCACAGGCCAACUUGUUUGCCUGCGGGUCGAUGAACCAGUUCAUAGCGGUCUACAACGCUAACGGCGAUGUGAUCAGCAACAUCAAGUAUUAUGACGGCUUCAUGGGACAAAGGAUCGGGGCCAUCAGCUGCCUGGCCUUCCAUCCGCAUUGGCCCCACCUGGCGGUAGGCAGCAACGACUACUACAUGUCCAUCUAUUCAGCAGAGAAGAGGCUCAGAUAACACACCAGCAUUCAUCACCCCCCGCCCCCCAACUCCAAAUCCACCCCAUAUGACUUCUGAACCGGAGCCCAGAGCCCCGGGAUGUAAAUGACGUCUUCGUUUUGUACAUAUGCAAUUCCCACCCUGAAUGUUCUAGUGAUGGCUGCUGACAAAAGCUUGACUGCUACGGACGACGAUAUAUAUUAUUAUUAUUAUUCUCACUGUUCAUUCAUAUUCUUAUUAUGAAGCUAAUGAUUGUAGACUUGGCUGUGCUGAGGAGUGUGUGAUAUUUAAAAUAGCGUAUACUGAAGAUUAGAAGUUCUAUUUUAAAAGAAGUGGUACCCACCGGUGACCGGGGACUCGCCCUCGCCACGCAGCAAGCCUCACUACGUCAACCAACUGUGACCCCCGCCAACCGGGGGGGGGAGGGGAGAAGGGGGGGAGGGGUCUCCCACAGAGGGCGACACACAAACUGUUAAAAACACAUUCACUGGUGCAGAAAACACAGACUGGCCCUCCACUGGACCCCCCCCCCAUGUGUUCUGAACUCAUUUUAAAAGGCGGCUC